AUGCGGUGUCCCAGCUUGCCGCUCUGUGGGCUGCUCUGCGUUUGGCUGCCUCUCUUCUACAGCCGGCCAGUGAAAAUCGACAAGGUCAAGGCCGACACCAAAAACCUCACGCGAACCAUCAUAGCCCGGAUCCAGGAGCACCAGCUCUUCCCUCUGAACUUGAAGAUAAAUGGACUUGACUUCAUCCCCGGAGAGCAACCCUUGGAGAGCUUAGACUCCAUGGACGAGACCUUGCAGAUAUUCCAGAGGAUCCUGCCCAGCCUGCCCAGCCUGCCCAUGGAAAACGUGCCAGUAGCACAAAUCUUCAACGACAUAGAGAACCUCCGGAGUCUGAUCCAGACCUUGGGUUCUCACCUUGGUUGCACCUUCCACAAAUCCUCUAACCUGGACGCUCUGGGGAAUCUGACAGAGCUGCUGACUACCUCUCCUUACACCACUGCCGUGGUGGCGCUGGACCGGCUCCAGAAGUGCCUGCACAGCAUCAUCAAACAUCUGGAUCACAUUCAGAGCUGCUAG